UCACCACCACCACCACCACCGCCGUCACCACCACCACCGCCACCACCGUGGAAUCGCCAGAGAGGAGCAGCUUCGGGCGCUCCAAGCCACCAUGCAGGUCGCCGCCGCGCUGUGCGCCACGUUGCUGUGGGCAUCGCGGAUGGAGACGGCGAUCCACGCCGGGGUCCGCGUGCGCGUGCGGCCGGGCUGGGCGGUGCGCGCGCGCGUGGGGGACCGCCUGAGCCUGUGGUGCGAGGUGACCCUGCUCGCGGGGCUCCCCGAGGGGCCCCUCUCGCCCCUCCCACACGACCCCGACCUCCCGGCCGCCGUCACCGUGCGCUGGCUGCGUGUGCCGAGUUCCGAGGGAGGGGCUCGCGAGCCCGCGCCGCUCACGCUGGUGCUGGAGACGCGAGGGACUCAGGCGCCGCGUGCUGGGCCGGGCUACGGCGCCCGCGUGCGGAGCGGGGAGCUCUGCGUGGAGGCGAUGUGUGGCCGCGGUCUGGGACAGAAGCUCACCCUGGGCCCACUCCGCGGCGGGGAGGACGCCGGCGGCUACGCGUGCGAGGCUGCCUGGGACCUCCCGCGCACGAGCUCGGGUCGGGGGUCGCGCGCUGUGGCGCGUGCCUACGCCUACGUCCACGUGGACGGCAGCGGAGCCGCGGUCGCGUUCUCGGUCCGUGUGUGGCCACCCGAAGGUUCCUCCGUGGCCGAGGGGCACCGCGCGGAGCUGUGGUGUCUCGUGUCCGGCCUCCCUGCGUUCCGCUCGGUCCCGGGUCCCGGCGCCGACCCGGAGUCGAACUCGGCCGUGGCCGUCCGCUGGUUCCACGCCCCAGCGGGAGUCCCGGCCACAGAGAAGGGCUCCGUGCUGCUGAGUCGCACAACGAGUGGCGACGUCUGGGCGCACGAGCGGCACAAGAGCCGCUUCACGAGCGGCGCCGUCUGCAUGGAGGCCGCGUGCCUCGCCUCGGCGUUCCGUCUCGAGCUGAACGACUUCUCGGGGAGCGACGGCGGCCGCUACUCGUGCGAGGUCCUGGACAGGUCUGGCGACGAGACUGCCGUGGCGAGCGCAGAGACGCUGCUGGACCACGGACGCGGGGGAGCCGCCACGACGCCGACGCCGCCGCCGCUCGGGUGGCGUCACGAGGAGGAGUUCUCGGCGGACGGGGAGGAGGGCGGCGAGGGGGCAGAGAUCCCCGCGGGCCUCCUCGUGACGACGACUCCGCCUGGCGCGCUCUUCCCCGCCGAGCACGCGUUCACGGAGGAAGUCGACUUCGGGCCGCUGAGCGCGCGCGUGACCCCACGGCCCCUGGUCCAGGCGCGCCAGGGCUACCCCCUCUCCUUGGUGUGCGAGGCGGCGGGGAGCGCCGCCACCCCGGGCUCGCUGCCCCCCGAGCGCAGCAGCCAAAUCUUCGCGCUGUGGACGCACGCGCCCCUGGGCCACGCGGGGCCUCCACGCGCGCUCCUCGCCGAGUGGCUGGGAGGAGGAGGAGGAGGCGGCGGCGCACCGGCGCUGAGAAAGGUGCUGGCCGAGACGCUCUCCGCCAGGCUGUGCCCCGGGGCGCAGGACGACGAGGAAGAGGAGGAGGACGGGGGGCUGCCGACGCCGCGACGGCGGUGGGGGGCGUCGAGAGAGGGGGGGGGUUGCGCCUGGGGCGCGGGGCGUGCGAGCGUGCUGGCCCUGCGCAGCGCGACGCUGCAGGACGCCGGCUCGUUCGCCUGCGUGCUGCUGGCGCUGGCGCGGGGCCACCGCGUGGUGGCGCGCGCCGCUGACGUCGUCCGCGUGGAGGUCCGCGCCGCUCCGACUCCGGCUCCGUCGCGCGCGCCGAUCACAGCGCGCAUCUCACCCGCGUCGCCCCUCUUCGUGCCGCCGGGUGGCGACGCGACGCUGUGGUGCUCCGUCGACUCCUCCUCCUCCCUCUCCGAGGUGUCCGUCAGCUGGAGCGUCGCCGCCGCCGCCGCCUCCUCGUCGUGGACGCCGCUGCUGGGGCUGCGGUCCGACGGGGAGCCUUGGGUGCACGAGCGGGCACGGCGGCGCCACGCGCUCGGGCGGCUGUGCCCGGACGCGGCGCCCUGCGGCCCGGGCGGUCGCCUGCACCGCCUGGUGCUGCGCGCGUUCGGCGCGGGCGACCAGGGCCGCUACGCGUGCGAGGCGGCGCGGCGCGGGGCGCGGGACGCGGGCGGACGCCGGCUCGUGGCUCGCGACGAGGUCCUGGUGCUGCUGCUGCUGCUGGACGGCGAGUCACUACCACGCACCGCAGGGCGGCCCGCACGCGGUUGGUGCGGCGGGCUUCUUGUGGCUAGCGGCGAACCGCUCGAAUAUCAGCGGCAGAGACCCGGUUACCGGUUUGCCCCGCGUGUAGCCAUGUCUGGAAAGGGCGUUUGUACUUUUUUGAUGAGGGUAAAUGAAUUGCGCGGCGACUUGUGCCGCCGAGCGGUUUGUACAAUCUCGCAAACCAAUCAGUACGUUUGUUCCUGACAUCCCCCCCCCCACACACACACACACCUGCCUACCCACACACACCCAGACGGAGAAACGGAGCCGAGCCGAGCGCCGCCUCCGGGCCCCGGCUCCGCGCCCCCCCCCAGCGGCGGGGCCACGGGCGGCCCGCCCGCUGGGGGGGGGCGCGGCGGCGAGGCGCUGGGCCCGGAGGACGUGGGGGGGGGCGCCCUCACCGCCUCGCCGGGGGGCCGGGAACGACCGGACCAGAGGGCAGAGACGCAGCCAGGUGGACCCCUCAGCCCUGCCGCCGUGGGGUCCCUGGUGGGGGUCUUCGGGUGCCUCUUGGUCGUGGCCGUCUUUGUUUCCCUGUGCUGCCUGCGGCGAAGAUAUUGGCCGACUCCCUCACAUGCCGGCGCGCCAGGUGGCAUGGCCCUGGCCACCGUCAGCUGAGCUGCGACACAAAACCCACACACACACAGAACCCACACACACAGAACCCACACACACAGAACCCACACACACAGAGAACCCACA